GUGAAUUUACUGAUUAAUUAUUGUAAAGUUAGUUUUUAUUUUUUAAUUUCUAUUAGUGUUUCUUUAUUUUUUAUUAGUUUAAAAUUUUUAUUAAAUGAUUUAGUAUAUUUUAUUGAGUGAGAAGUGUUAUCUUUGCAAUCAAUAUCUAUUGUUAUAACUUUUUUAUUUGACUGAAUAAGUUUAAUAUUUAUAUCAUUUGUUUUAUUGAUUUCUUCUUUAGUAAUUUUUUAUAGUAAUCAGUAUAUAGAAGAAGAUUAUAAUAUUAAUCGUUUUAUUUUAUUAGUUUUGAUAUUUGUUAUAUCAAUAAUAAUAUUAAUUAUUAGCCCUAAUUUAAUUAGAAUUUUAUUAGGUUGAGACGGAUUAGGUCUUGUUUCUUAUUGUUUAGUCAUUUACUUUCAAAAUGUGAAAUCCUAUAAUGCGGGCAUAUUAACGGCUUUAUCAAAUCGAAUUGGAGACGUCGCUUUAUUAUUAGCAAUUGCUUGAAUAUUAAAUUAUGGGAGUUGAAAUUAUAUCUUUUAUUUAGACAUAAUAAAAAGUAAUAUUGAAAUAAUAGUAAUUGGAGCAUUAGUUAUGUUGGCUGCUAUAACAAAAAGAGCUCAAAUUCCCUUUUCUUCUUGAUUACCGGCAGCUAUAGCUGCUCCUACUCCUGUGUCAGCUUUAGUUCAUUCUUCGACUUUAGUAACAGCAGGGGUUUAUUUAUUAAUUCGGUUUAAUGACUUAAUUAUAAAUUGAUGAAUAAGACAAUUUUUAUUGUUAAUUUCGGGUUUAACUAUGUUUAUAGCGGGUUUAGGAGCAAAUUUUGAGUUUGAUUUAAAAAAAAUUAUUGCUUUAUCGACAUUAAGUCAAUUAGGAUUAAUAAUAAGUAUUUUAUCUAUAGGGUUUUAUAAGUUAGCCUUUUUUCAUUUGUUAACUCAUGCGUUGUUUAAGGCUUUAUUAUUUAUAUGCGCAGGAUCAAUUAUUCAUAAUAUAAAAAAUUCACAAGAUAUUCGGGUUAUGGGAAGAUUAAGAAUAAGUAUGCCUUUAACUUGUAGUUGUUUUAAUGUAGCAAAUUUAGCUCUUUGUGGUAUACCUUUUUUAGCGGGGUUUUAUUCUAAGGAUUUAAUUUUAGAAAUAGUAAUAUUAUCUUAUGUAAAUAGUUUUAUUUUUUUUCUUUUUUUUUUUAGCACGGGGUUAACUGUUUGUUAUUCAUUUCGUUUAUGUUAUUAUUCUAUAACUGGAGAAUUUAAUAGUAAUAGUUUACACCCCUUAAAUGAUUCAGGUUGAACUAUAUUAUUUAGAAUUUGUUUUUUAACAGUUAUGGCAGUAAUUGGGGGAAGAAUGUUAAGUUGAUUAAUAUUUUUUAAUCCUUCUAUAAUUUGUUUACCUUUACAAAUAAAAUUAUUAACUUUGUUUGUUUGUUUGAUUGGAGGAUUUAUUGGUUAUUUAUUAAGUAAUGUUAGUUUAUUUUUUAUUAAUAAAGCUUUAUAUUUUUAUAAUUUUACUUUUUUUGUUGGAUCUAUAUGGUUUAUACCAGUAACUUCUACAUUAGGAGUUAUUAAUUAUCCAUUAAAGUUAGGAUUAUAUUCUUAUAAAAGUUUUGACCAGGGAUGAAGAGAGUUUUUUGGAAGUCAAAUAAUUUAUGCUCAAUUAAAAAAUUAUUCUUUAUAUUUACAAGAGUUUCAAAAAAAUAAUUUAAAAAUUUAUUUAUUAAGUUACAUAUUAUGAUUUAUUAUUUUAUUAAUAUUGGUUGUAUUAGUAAAUU